UCUACAGCUCAUCACCUCCGCCAUCCUUCACCAUGUCUGCGCCGCAAGAGCACGAGGAGGAUGAUUUCGCGCCCACCACUACUCCCGGAUACAAGCCCACCGCUGCUAAGUCCGUCGACGAGUACGCGCAGCUCGACGCGGAGGAUGAGAGCUUGGCGCGAUGGAAGGCCAGUCUCGGGAUCGUGCCGGGCGUGACCACUGGAGAUGCCAGCGGACCCAAGGUAACCGUGUUGACUCUGGAACUGGCCUCACCCACGCUGCCCCCGGGGAAGAAGCUUUCGCUCGACAUUCAAGACCCCGCUCAACUCGCAAAUGUGAAAAAGAACCCGAUUAUCAUCAAGGAGGGUGUGGAGUACAAUGUCCGUAUCACUUUCAAAGUGAACCACUCUAUCAUCUCGGGUGUUCGGUACAUGCAGGUCGUGAAGCGUUCGGGCAUGAAAGUCGAUAAGAUGGAGCAAAUGCUCGGGUCGUAUGGCCCUCAUCCCCAGGGGGAAGCAUACACCAAGAACUUUGACCCAGAAGAGUCCCCUUCCGGCUUGCUUGCACGCUCUGGCACGUACAACGUCCGAAGUCGGGUUGUCGACGAUGAUGGAGAGGUCUACGCGGACUGGGACUGGUCCUUUAAGCUGGGCAAGGAGUGGUGAAGCGUGCUCUUCGUCUGCGGGUUUCACAUGGCGUCUUUCUCUCAUAUUUCCCUCACUACGCAAAUAUUCCUUUCUUUCGCAUUUACUGGAUGUACGGAUGAUCAAAGCAGAAUGUCUCGAAUCAAUUGUGCUGAGCACACAGUCC